AUGGAAGAGCACGGCUGCCCUAGGGUGGUUCCAGGGCUGCAGCCGUGCCCGAGGGACAGACAGCUCCACUGGCACGGGGAUCAUUGGCAGCAGGUGGAGGGAAGCGAUCCUUCCUCCUGCAGCACGGCCAACACCCGGCCCCUCAGUCUGCGCAGAGCCAACGCCUUCCUGCUUGGGUAUCCAGGGCCCCCACCUUCACCCGCCAGAGUUGGCAGAGGAGUGUGCAGAGGAGAAAGCUCAGCGUUGCAGGAGCAGGAACUCUGCAAGUGCUCGCUGUCGAUGUGCGAAAUGGAGGCUCCCAACUGGACGGAGCCAGCGUGCAUGCUGUGCGGCCAGACAGAUGCUGACCCAGACAUCUGUGGGCUCAAGCACCUGGACUCUGGGAUAUGUGCCCAUGCAUUCUGUAUGGCAUUUUCCAACGGCCUUCUCCAGCAGGCAACUAGAGUGAACACGACUGCUGAGGUGUCCCCUGUAUACGUCCAACGCGUAAUCCAGGAGGCAGAGCAGAAGCACUGCUUCGUUUGUGGCGAAACGGGGGCCCCCAUCACGUGUGCAGAGACGGGCUGUGAACUGAGUUUCCAUCUGCCCUGCGCCCGGGUGGGUGAAUGUGUCACCCAGUAUUAUGGAAACUACAGUUCAUUCUGCCAGAAGCACAGCCCUGAGCAGGCUGCGGAGGCGACUCCAGAGCAGAGCACCAACUGCAUUAUCUGCAUGGAGCCAGUGGAGGACAACAAGUCCUACAGCACCCUGGUGUGCCCAGCCUGCAAACACGCCUGGUUCCACCGGGCCUGUAUCCAGGUAGGAGCCCUCCCCUACACCAGCGGGCAAGCUGCAGCAGGCAACCCGCAGCACCUGAGCCUGCUCCCGCUCCUACUGAUGACUGUGUUUCUGCUACAGGGACAGGCCAUCCGUGCGGGCAUUAACUGCUUCCAGUGCCCCCUCUGCAGAGAUGCGGAUGCCUUCCUCUCUGACAUGCUCAUCAUGGGCAUCCGAAUCCCGCUCAGUGGACCCAUGUGGGAGGACGGCAAUGCAUACGCAUCGCUGGGAGUGAGACACGGGCGCUGUGAUGCCACCGAGUGCCUUUGUCCACAAGGCAGGGAGCAGGCAGAGGGAGAGGGGCCCUGGGAGAUGCUCCUGUGCAGCUCCUGUGCUGCAGAAGGCACUCACCGGUGCUGCUCCCAGCUGAGCAACAACGCGGACGAGUGGGAGUGCCAAGCCUGCGCUGGCGUGGGCACCGCCUCCACUGUCAACUCAGAGGUCACCGGCCCCAGCACCGCCAGCCAGCAAGGACUGCUGCCAUCCAACAGCUCCACUGCAUCUGAGAGCAGCAGCUCCAGCACUGCCAGCCAGGCAGCGUCAGGGCCUGGUCACAGUUCCCAGGUGCCUGACAGCGGCAGCCAGUCCAGCCAGCCUGGGACAGGCCAAAGCCAUGCUGCAGCUCCAUCGGGUGCAGCUGAGAGGUGCACCCCAACAUCGGCCGGUCAGAGGCCCCCACGGUCCUCGAGGGCUUCCCGAGCAGCCGGCAGCCGCAGGUCCGGGCAGGGAGAGCGGAAUCGGACACGAAGCCGCUCCCCAAUCCAAUCUCAGGCGCCACGUUCCAGCAGCCAUCCCCAAAGGCGCUCUGGGAGGAGCCACGCACCUGCUCCAAUGGCUGAGAGUGGCUCCCCACGCUACACCAGACGGGGAGCGCUGGGGUCGUCAGGGGAUGCCCCAGCGGCUGAUGGAAGAAGCCAGCCCAUGCAGCUAGUGCAGGCCCAGACACGAAGCCGUUCCCCUGUGGAACGUCGGCCUGCACAAUCCCGGGGCCAGCUCCAAAGACGCCUCAGGGGCCAGUCCAGGCGACGAAGGCCAGCCCAGGUGCAAAGCCGCUCCCGGGUACAUCGGGCCACGAAUCCCCGCAGCCGGCCCCAAAGAGGCCGCAGGACUAGCCGGGUGUGA